AUGUUUGAAUUAUGGAUUAAUACAUCAUUUUUUUCUUCUCAAACUUGUUUUUUGAGAUCGAAACCAAUAGCCUUACACUACUCUCUUCUUUAUUGUGUUUUGUCACUACUUCAACGAAGGUCUAAAAUGCUUAAAAAUAAUGGACUUAAUUUAUCAUAAAAAGCUGAAGACCAUACAUAUGGUUGUAUUGAAAGUCAAACCUUAAAUCCUACAAAGGAGAUAGAUAUCGAGCAUAUUCUUGCAGAUUAUAAGUUUAUGAAAAUGUUAAAAGAUCCUAAAGUCUAUCCCUACUUAUUCCCAAAAAGAAAUUAGGCUUAAGUUUUCUUUUUUGAUAAUCAAUAUUUUUAGAAAUAUAAAUCUAAAUAGUAAUUAUGGAAAAACCGUGUUUCUCAAAGUAAAUCUUAGUAUUUUUCAAUAAUUCAGCAGCAAGAACAUUUUUUAUUUAGCAGAUCCAUAUAUUUUCUCUUUAAAGGUGAUUGUAAAUUGUAAUAUCCAUCUAAAACAAGUGAUAAGUGUGUUUUUUCAAUGAAGAUUUAAUAAAACUUUGAUUCCACGUCAGAAGAUCUAGAAGUAAUAUCCAUUAACACUGGUUUCCACACACCUACAAAGGCUCCAAUUGCUAAAGUUUUAUCGGCUACAAUUAGUCCUUAGAAUAAAGAGUAAGGUAUGCAAUCUAUUUUUUCUUUCGGAAUUGGAGAACCCAAUGAAAUCCAAUAUAUGUAGUUAAAUUGGCUAAUUGGCUAUCUUAAUUAAGGACAAACAGAAUUAGGAGUAGUUCAUGAAGAUUCUAAAAAUGCUAAACUCAAUACAUUUUAAUCAACUUGGAGAUCAACCAAGUGCAGUCAUUCCUUUUUUCACAGUUCUUAAAUAUACUAUUUUGGAUAAAAAUUUCAAGACAUCCUUCUUUUAUUCAUGAACUUGAUAGUUUUUUGCGGUUUUCUUGGUUUCUUUCAAGGUUUCAUGAAUAAAGUUUUAUCUAUUUUCUAGUUCUAUUUCUAACAAUAAUGGUUCAAACUUCAGAAUUCUUAAGAAUAUCAUCUCUUCCAUUUAGAUUAAAUUCAUUCUCGUUUUCUUAUUCCUCAGUAAACGUAUAAACUUUUCCGCUAAUCAUUUUUUUACUCAAACUCUCUUUCCACAUCCAUUUAGACUACAAUCGAAUUUCGAUUCCUACAUUCCUCCUUUGUUUAUCAAAUUAUUUCUAAAAAUCAGUUAGUUUGGUUCUUCAAAUUUUGA